CGCGGAACUCGCGUGGGGCGCCGGCGGCGGCCGAGGGAGUGUGACUGCGCUGCGCAGGGCGCUAGGAGGCAUUGUCGCCUUGGCUGUGCCCCGCCUCCUCCCUGACGCCCCGCCUGUUGAGUGAGUCACAGGCCAGCGCACACCUGUGUCCUCCUGCCUGCCUGGCCGCUGGUUCAGGCCUGGACCCUGGGUCUGGUGAGGUCAUACGUGUUGAUCCUCCCAGAACACCGGUAGGGCCCAGGUGCCGCCACUCUCUGACAGGCAGAUCAGCCACUCCAAGGGCCGAGCUGGAUGUGGCCUGGGCUCUGGGCUCCGCAGGAGGAGGCACAGGCCCCUUUGUGAGCAGCAGACCGGCCUGGGGGCUGGCGGCAGGACACCCGUGGCUGCAUGCUGAAGAAGAUGGGUGAGGCCGUGGCCAGAGUAGCGAGGAAGGUCAACGAGACGGUGGAGAGCGGCUCUGACACCCUGGACCUGGCCGAGUGCAAGCUGGUUUCCUUCCCCAUUGGCAUCUACAAGGUCCUGCGGAAUGUCUCCGACCAGAUCCACCUCAUCACACUGGCUAACAACGAGCUCAAGUCUCUCACCAGCAAGUUCAUGACCACAUUCAGUCAGCUCCGAGAGCUCCACCUGGAAGGGAAUUUCCUGCACCGCCUCCCCAGUGAGGUCACUGCCCUGCAGCACCUGAAGGCCAUUGACCUGUCCCGGAACCAGUUCCAAGACUUCCCCGAGCAGCUUACCACCCUGCCGGCGCUGGAGACCAUCAACCUAGAGGAGAACGAGAUCGUGGAUGUGCCCGUGGAGAAGCUGGCCGCCAUGCCAGCCUUGCGCUGCAUCAACCUCCGCUUCAACCCGCUCAGCGCCGAGGUGCGCGUCAUCGCGCCGCCACUCAUCAAGUUUGACAUGCUCAUGUCUCCGGAGGGCGCCAGGGCCCCACCGCUGUAGGCCACCCUCCUCAUGCCCACCCAGCAAGGGACAGAGGCCACCGGCCUGGCACCCUGAAGGAAGGGGGGCCCACGGGCCCAUGGGAGGCCAAGCUUGGGGGGCUGGGGGCGGGUGGGCCGCACAGCACGUGGUGGGCGGGGGUGCAGCCAGUCCAGGAUAGGUAGCUUGCGGCAGUAGUGGACUUGGAAUGUUGAGGGAGGAGGUGACGUGGGGGCUGCAGCCUGGACUCUGGGCACUCACAGCUGCUGUGCAAACUUGGACAGAUCUCCUGCCCUCUCUGAGCCUUGUUACUUGGAGAAAGGGCAGGGAGCCUUUGCCUCCUUUGGGUGCCUUGGAGGUUGUUCAGGCAGUACAUGCCUCCACGUUACCUCCAAAUCAUCGGCAGCUCUGAGCCCACAGAGGGGCACUGCUGAGCGUUUUCUGGGCCCCUGCGGCUUUGAGGCCUUGUUUCUAGUACUGAAAGCCAGUUGCUGCCUGAGAGGAGUAGAAGACAACCUCCAUCUAUUUAUUGCUUCCUGAGAACCAACCUGGAUUCGACCCUCUGCAGGUCCCAUCCUCAGCCCUUUGGGUCCCCGAUGGUCAGUCCCCUGCCAGGAGAGGGCCUGGGGCUCUUGCUUCCUGGUAACACCUGUGGUUUGGAGAACCCUCACCUCUGGUCCGCCAGGUAUCUACCUCCCACCUUCUCCUCCGUGGAGCAAGCAGACUCAGAGUGCCCAGACCCCACCUGGUCUGCACCUCUGUCUGGGUCUGUAGAGGCACCUGAGGCCCCAGGACUCGGGACAAAGCCAGGCCACCCAAAUCCUGCGUUCUGGAGGCCAGUAGCUACUUUACCGAGCUGUUCUGAGCUCGGACCACUGCUAAGUGCAGUAAGCCCUUCUCAGAACACUCCAGCUCCCUUCCCCCUGCCCAGGUCUCCUGUCUCUUGGCAUGGAGCUGACUGGUUGGGCCAAUGUUGGCUCUGUGUCCAAGAGAGACUUGUUCACUCCGUUCGUAUCCCAAGGUUGCUUGGUCAAACUCUGGGAAAGGAUGUUCAGGGUCAGGCGGUCAAGACAGGAUCUCCAGGGUUCCCGAGUCCAGCUGUGGAUGUGGGGGGCAAGUAGAGGCUGAAGUCCUGUCCAGGCUGGACGGGCCCACCCACCCUGUGUCCUGGUGUGGGGUUUCUCCUUGUUGAAAAAGACGCACACUUUUGUGAUAUGCACAAAGUGUGGCCAGAGCCUUGCACUCCAGGUGUGGUCUGUGGACAGGAAGCAGCAGUGUCACCGGGGAGCUUGUUAGAAAUGCAGAGUCUCGGGCCCCUGGAUUCGACCCUCUGCAGGGCCCAUCCUCAGCCCUGUGGGUCCCUGGCCUGGCAGGAUGGUCGGUCCCCUGCCAAGAGAAGGCCUGGGACUCUUGCUUCCUGGUAACACCUGUGGUUCAGAGAACUCUCACCAGAACUGCCUUAGCAAGAUCCCCAGCUGACUCCUACAAGCACUUUACAAUUCGGGAAGCAAGGGCCUCAGGGUGACCCUGGGGAUGACCUUGGAGCAGAGGAUGAAUGUUCUCUCAGUUUUCCCCCUGCCACCUCCAGGGAGUUGAGUCUGCUCAGCUCCUUCCCUAACCCAGCCGUGGGAGAUCCUUGGCCUCUUAGAUCUUUCCAGAGUCUUAGUCCUGACACUCCCAAGGAAGGGAGUGACCCACAGUCACAAGGAGGUGAGGGUUGGGUGUGCCCAACCCUCUGGACCCUGCCUUUCUGGUAACCCCUGCAUGCCAAGCCGCCUGCUUACCCAGGUCCUCGACUCGGACCCUUUGGAGGGGUUGCUUCUGGAAGUUGUUUUCUACUCUGCUGGGAGAGUUGCCCUUGACUCUCGGGGAAAACUUGGGCAGUCAGAAAAGCCCCCAGAUCAGAGCUCACUGUGUGAGUAAGCCUCUUAGCUUCAGUCUGCAAUAAAGAAUGUGUUGGUUUCAUCUGC